AUGCAGCGCAUCGAAAAUAAGCUGGAUCUCCCAGCCAUCCAGCCCCGGCUGGUAGCAGUCAGCAAAACCAAGCCUGCAGACAUGGUGAUCGAGGCCUACAAUCAUGGCCAGCGCACUUUUGGAGAGAACUAUGUUCAGGAACUGCUAGAAAAAGCAUCAAAUCCUAAAAUUCUGUCUUCGUGUCCUGAGAUCAAAUGGCAUUUCAUUGGCCACCUACAGAAACAAAAUGUCAAUAAAUUGAUGGCUGUCCCCAGUCUCUUCAUGCUGGAAACAGUGGAUUCUGUGAAGUUGGCAGACAAAGUGAACAGCUCCUGGCAGAAAAAAGGCUCCCCGGAAAGGUUAAAGGUUAUGGUCCAGAUUAACACCAGUGGAGAGGAGAGUAAACACGGCCUCCCCCCUUCAGAGACCACAGCCAUGGUGGAGCACAUAAAUGCCAAGUGUCCCAGCCUGGAGUUCGUGGGGCUGAUGACCAUAGGAAGCUUUGGGCAUGAUCUUAGUCAAGGACCAAAUCCAGACUUCCAGGUGCUGCUGUCCCUGCGGGAGGAGCUGUGUGCAAAGCUGCACAUCCCCACCGACCAGGUGGAGCUGAGCAUGGGCAUGUCCGUGGACUUCCAGCACGCGAUUGAAGUAGGAUCCACGAAUGUCCGAAUAGGAAGCACCAUUUUCGGAGAGCGGGAUUACUCAAAGAAUCCUGCCCCGGACAAGUCCGCAGCAGACCUGAAGGCCCCGGAGGUGGCACAGGAACACUGAGCCGGGCAACAGCCAAGAAGACUAACUAUGCACUAACCGAGAUUUUCAUUUUGGUAUUCCCUGUGUCACUGCACAAUCCUGCGCUCCUGUGACCUGGAGAGAGAGCGCUGACGAUUACGUGUAUUGAUGGAAACCAUCUGUACUUAGUCUCUGACAGGAAGUUCACUUCAAGCAGUGGCUUUGGAUUGGAUUUAAGAAAUUCAGACAUUUCUGCAGAGCAGACACCAAGUCAAUAGCAAGGAAUGGAGUUCAGUGUUGAAUUCUGCCCAGGAGCACAAAUCGAUCCAUGAAUGCCUUUCCCAGGUUAAAAUUUGCUCGUAUACCUAUCAUCAUGGAAGUCAGAGGGAUUCCUGUUUUUCACCCCACUUUAACAGGAAGUUCCCUGGCUGGGCGUGGUGGCUCACACUUGUAAUCCCAGCACUUUGGG